UUAACCAACGUAAACAAAAAAACAACUGCAGCUUAUUUUCCCCCCAUUCGGAAUUUAUAGUUUUCUAAAUUUUCUUAUUGGUAUCCGUAAAGGUAGUCUACUCUACAAACUUUCUAUUCUAUUAGGGUAUGCUGAAGGAUGUCUGGUAUCUUGGACGAUCCUGAAGAGUACAAGAAGAAUCCUCUUUUUGAACCACACAUUUACAGUGACUACUCAUACUUUUACUUCACAGCAUCAGUCUGCACCAUAUUUCUGAUAGUUUUGUGUGCCAUCAACGUCUUCUUUUGCUGGUGUUCCUCUGAAAGGCACUACUGGAAGGAUAGCAAUACAGGUAACCGGUGGAUUCUACCAAUCUGGGUAAAGUUACCCAGCAAACAGCCGCCGCUGGACCUGGCAGAGUUGGAGGCAGAUUACGCCGGACCUCGUCCCGUCUACGACACCGAAGUUCCCGAGGAGUUUGUUGAGCUGCAGAAACGAGAGAGCGACUUGUAA